AAUGUCGAAAAGCUUAAAGUUGUUCGCGUUUCUGGUACACCCGUUUGAUUUGUUAUUGUUAUCUAAACUUAUUCAAUUAUUGAAUUUCUUUAAAUUUUGUGAGGAAUUUUUCAUUUCCUCUAUAUUACCUUACAAAAUGGCGUUGAUAAAUGUUGAUGAAGACUCCUGGCUGAAUGAGUUUGCAGCACUCGAAAGAUUAUCGCAACAAAUACAAAAACAAAUAAGUGAUCGAGAUUCACAAAAAUUAACUUCAGAAUAUAACAAAAUCUCGGCUCGUAUCAGAAUUCAACUUAAACAAUUUGAAAAUGAAAUGACUCAACUCAAAAAGAAGUUAAAUAACAUUGGAAAAUCUUUUAUAACUGAGCAAGAACGAGAAAGGCGAAUGAGACAACUUGAAGUAUUAGCAUCAAAAAAAGUGCAAUUAGAUUCAAGAUUUCAAAAUACAUCAAGUGCAUCAACGAGAAAUCAAUUGUUUGAAGUUUCUGGAAGUUCUUCCACAAGAAUCACUAAUCCCUUUGAUGACGAUGAUCCAAUACUUGAAAACAAUGUUCCAAUUGAUUCACUACGUUCCGAGCAAACGCAAAUCAUUAAGGAACAAGAUAAAGGCCUUGAAAAUCUUUCCCAAGUCAUUUCACGCCAAAAAAAACUUGCUAUGAGAAUUGGAACUGAAAUUGAAGAUCAAAGUGAGAUAAUUGAUAACAUUACUGUGCAAAUGGAUCAUACAUCUGAUCGUGUUAAUAACGAAACAAGACACGUUGAACGUGUCAGUGAACAUGAUUCUACUUGGAGCUAUUGGGUAGUUAUUAUUUCCUUAUUUGUUGCCAUCAUAAUCGUUGGUAUUUUGUAAUCAAAAGCGUAUCUGAAUUUCAUAUUAAUUUAACCAAGAAUUUAGUAAUAUAAAAAAAAUGUUCCAAUGCUAAUCAAAAAUUAGAAACUAAUAAAAAAAUAUUUUCCAA